GGUUACCUCCUAGGCUUGGAUCUGGCUUUGUGGGACCUCUGCUCCCUUCCCUCUACAGCUUCGUCUCAGUUCAGGAUCUCAAGACUCACCAGCGCCUCCCAUGCUGCAGCCACCUGUCCUGGAGCAGUAAUGCAUACCAGGCCUGGGUCCAAGAGGCUGGACCAAAUGGGAACCCCCUCCCCCGAGAACAGCUGUUACUUUUAGGGACACUAACAGACCUAUCAGGGGACUUGGAGCAAGAGUGCAGGAAUGGAAGCCUCUAUGUGAGAGAUAACACUGGCAUCCUGAGCUGUGAGGUCAUAGAUCUGGACCUUUCUUGGUUGGGCCAUCUUUUUCUGUUCCCUAGUUGGAGUUACCUCCCUCCUGCCAGGUGGAAUUCCUCUGAGGAGGGGCAUUUGGAGCUGUGGGAUGCCCCUGUGCCAGUAUUUCCUUUGACCAUCAGUCCUGCUCCCCUCAUGCCUAUCCCUGUCCUCUACCCAGAGAGUGCUUCCCGCCUGCUCAGCCUCAGAAACAAGCUUAGAGGUGUGCAGCGAAACCUGGCUGGGAAUCUGGUUCAACUGAGUUCCCUGGUGAACAGUAAAGAGAAAGCUUACUUCAUCCUGUCUCUUGGUAGUUCACACUCAGCUGUCACCCGCGUGUCCAUCAUUGUACAGGCCCCUGCCCAGCUGGUGUGGCACAAAGCCCUUCGGCCUGGUACAGCCUAUGUGCUGACAGAGCUGCGAGUAUCCAAGAUCCGUGGUCGUCGUCACCGUGUUUGGAUGACCAGUCCCUCCUCCCGUCUGUUGCUGCUGAAACCAGAAUGUGUGCAGGAGCUGGAACCAGAGCUGGAAGGGCCCCUCUUAGAGGCUGACCCCAAGCCACUCACCAUGCCCAGCAACUCCCAGGACAAGAAGGAUCCAAAAGGUCUUGUCCGGGAUUCUAGACUCCUGUCGUAUUCGGGAGCAGUCACUGGUGUGUUGAAUGAGCCCGCUGGCCUCUAUGAGCUGGAUGGGCAGCUGGGGCUCUGCCUUGCCUACCAGCAGUUCCGUGGCCUCAGGCGGGUGAUGCGACCAGGAGUGUGUCUGGAGCUCCAAGAUGUUCACCUGCUCCAGUCAGUGGGUGGGGGGACAAGAAGGCCAGUGCUAGCCCCCUGCCUCCGUGGUGCUGUUCUGCUUCAGCGCUUCUCUCGUCAGAAGCCUGGGACUCACUCAUCUCGCCAAGCCUACGGGGCCUCCCUGUAUGAGCAGCUGGUGUGGGAACGUCAGUUAGGACUUCCCCUCUACCUGUGGGCUACCAAGGCCCUAGAAGAGCUGGCCUGCAAGCUGUGUCCCCAUGUGCUGAGACACCACCAGUUCCUGCAGCAUUCCUCUCCUGGGAGCCCCAGCCUGGGACUGCAACUCCUGGCUCCCACCCUGGAUCUUCUAGCUCCACCACGCAGCCCCAUUCGGAAUCCACACAAUGAGAUCCUUGAAGAGCCACAUCACUGUCCCCUCCAGAAAUACACUCGGCUGCAGACUCCCUCCUCCUUCCCCACUCUGGCUACCUUGAAGGAGGAAGGACAGCGGAAGGCCUGGGCCUCCUUUGACCCUGAGGCCCUUCUGCCCCUCCCAGAGGCCUCCCACCUGCCCAGCUGCCAACUCAAUCGCCGCCUGGCUUGGUCCUGGCUCUGUCUGCUACCCUCUGCCUUCUGCCCACCCCAGGUAAGGGGGAUGCCAGCAGGGCUCAGGGGACUUCCUUUUUUUGUCAUCCUUACUGCCACUACCCUAGUCUAGGUUAUGUUUUUUUUUGUUUGUUUGUUUUUUGUUUUUUUUGUCAUUUUGACUACACUAGCCUUCUAGGUAGACUACUUCAUCUGUUCCUGGCCCUCUCCAAUUCAUUCUCCCUGCAGCAACUAGAAAGGGGGGAUAUGCCAGUAACAGUGGCUCAUGCGUGAAAGCAGGAGGAUCACUGGAGCCCAGGAG